AUGGAACGCGUCGGUAAUUAUUAUUACGUGAAAGAUGUGAGUUUUCACGAUUUCGACUCCUAAAGAAACAAUCUGAGCCUCCGUGUCUCACAUCAGCGCAAUAUACCGUUAACAUGCACAUUUAAGAGCAUUUUGACAAUUGAUGAGUAAUAAAAAAAACGCAGACAGCCUUUGCCCUUGUCACUGAAGUGAAGCUAAUUUGAUUUGAGUUUACAGGGGCACGUCGUCACGGCGAUCUUCAUGGCCUUCCCGCACUCUGAGCGCCUUCGCGCCGGUCGUCUUGAGGUGCUGCUCAUUGUUCACCAAGUCCCGUCGAAAAAAAUUUUUAAUGGGAAAACAGUCCAGCUCCCAGUUUUGGUUCCUUUAAAAAAUCGAAUUUUCAACUAAACUGUGAGAAAAACCCAGAAAAAUAAUAGCCUGAUGGUUGAAAAAAAAGAUGAAAACCGAGAUUAUUUUGUAGUUUCAAAUGAGUUGAACCACGAUACGCAUUUAAUGAGAAUUUUUAGCCCAAAAUCAAAACCGAAAUUGAUCAAGAAAUACCAGCUAAAUUUUCAUUCAAAUACUUUUUUACAGCACCCGCACAAUCCCGUUGCCAUCUGCCUUCCUGCGGUACAUAACAAUUUUCAUGCUUUUCCCAACGUUUGAAGUUUUCAGUACGAAGUUCGCGCCGUUCUGAACGCUGCUAUCCGCAAGGUCUGCUCGACUCCGCUUCCUCCGAUCACCUCGCCAACCUACGCUCCGGUCAGUUGUUGGAAGUUGUUUUCAGUAGAAAGAUGAGAUGAUCGUUUCAGAUGAUGCUCAUGGCCAUCAAGAUCAUCUUCUCCUUGAAGAUCUUCGAGCAGAACGAGGCUCGCCGAAUCCAAGAACAGGAAUUGGAAGGCUGA